UUUCUCCGGUCUAACACCGGAAUAUUUUUCUUCGUUGCUCCGCAACCUACCUCGCUCCGUUGCAUCACUGCCGACCCCACCAGAGACCGGACCAAUCGAGCAAAUACAGGUGUUCUUCAAAAUUCGAAGAUAGAAUCGUGAUCGAUCUUUCUCGGCCGUCCCACCACCUUCUCCUCACCGAUAUCCGGCCGCAUGUCCCACCACCUUCCCAGACUGGUGGGAAUCGGACGGCCAAGAUUUCGCAGCAUCCGGUUCCAAAGUUAUGAUUAAUAAUUGUCGCCCGAAGGCAAAGACACGAGAAUUCGGGGACCGCGUUGUGAAUCUCUUGCGAAGGAAGAAGAAGAGAGGAAGAGAGAGAAGAGAGGAGAGGAGAGGAGAUGGGAAGAUUGGUGGGGGUGAGGGCGUUGCCGUUCACGUACGCGUCGCACGUGCUGGCGGCGGCGGCGGCGGUGAUGGUGCUCGUGUGGAACAUCCAUUUUCGGGGAGGGCUCGCCUUCGAGUCCACCAACAAAAAUCUCAUCUUUAAUGUUCAUCCGGUUCUUAUGACAAUUGGAUUUAUUAUCAUGGGAAGUGAAGCUAUAAUGAGUUACAAAGCUUUUCCUGGGAGUCAUGAAGUACAUAAAGUGGUCCAUUUGGUUCUGCAUGCAAUUGCUCUUGUACUUGGAGCUGUGGGAAUCUAUUUUGCAUUCAAGUUUCAUAAUGAAAGUGGAAUUGAUAAUUUGUACAGCCUGCAUUCCUGGGUUGGGCUUGGUACAAUCUGCUUAUAUGGCAUUCAGUGGAUUUUCGGUUUUGUCACCUUUUUCUUUCCUGGUGCCGCCCCAAAUCUCAGACGUGAUGCUCUUCCAUGGCACGUAUUUUUUGGGCUCUUUGUCUACAUAUUGGCCUUGGCCAGUGCACAAUUAGGCUUUCUGGAGAAGCUCACUUUCCUACAGAGCACAGGCCUCGCCAAGUAUGGUUCAGAAGCCUUUCUCGUAAAUUUCACAGCUCUUGUUGUGAUAUUGUUGGGAGUAUCUGUUGUGAUAUCUGCCAUGGCUCCUGCCCACGUUGAAGAACCCCAUAGUUAUUCUCCAAUAUCAGAAAAUUAGUGUACUUUACAAGUUCUCUUAUGACCAUUAUUCUCUCUUAUCAAAACAUUAUCACUUCUACAUAUAUUUACCUCUGAAUUAUCCUUCUAUGUAAGGCUUGCAUGACACCCUGUGAGUAAUUUGCUGGUUGAAUGGUUAUUUGAAAGAGGGAUUUGUAUAGGCUCUAUUGUAUGCAAAGUUUCUAUCCUGUUGAGAAGAGCAAAUAUCUAAUCAAAUCAUUUACUUUUGCAAUC